AUGGACCAGCCGCAAUCAACAAAGGAGAUAUGGGAGCAUCUCAAUUUAGUUACAGAGAAAGAGCUUAUGGUCAAGCCAUGGAAAAGCCACGAAGAAAAUGCGAAAUCACUGGUGGUCGAGGAUGCCGAAGCAAAAGACAAGACAAAAAUGAUGAAUCGACUUCUUGCUGGAAAUGUCAAACCCACUAUAUCUGAACAGUUUACGCUCGGCAUUCUCACCCUCAUCCCAAUUCCGACUGCUGAUGGGCCGAAUAACAUUGCGUAA